GCAAAGUGUUGGUAGAGGCAGUUCCGGUGUGAUACGUCGCAUUUCCUUACUAGAAACCGGACCGCUGGAUUUUUUUCUCCUCGCUGGAGUUUUUGGUGAGAGGUAAACAUGUCCGGUCGCGGAAAGCAGGGAGGCAAAGUGCGAGCAAAGGCCAAGUCCCGCUCCUCCCGCGCGGGCCUGCAGUUCCCGGUGGGCAGAGUGCACAGACUGCUGCGCAAAGGUAACUACGCGGAGAGAGUGGGCGCCGGCGCGCCGGUGUACCUGGCGGCGGUGUUGGAGUACCUGACCGCGGAGAUCCUGGAGUUGGCUGGCAAUGCCGCGCGGGACAACAAGAAGACCAGGAUAAUCCCUCGCCACCUGCAACUCGCCAUCCGCAACGACGAGGAGCUAAACAAGCUGCUGGGGAAAGUGACCAUCGCUCAGGGCGGCGUCCUGCCCAACAUCCAGGCCGUGCUGCUACCCAAGAAGACGGAGAGUCAGAAGACGAAGAGCAAGUGACCCUGACUCUGCUAGGGAAGCUGGCUUCCCCAGCCAAGCCUCUUCCCACAGCCGCCCCGCAGUGUUUUUGAAUAUGCUUAAUGUUAUGGAGGGCCGGCUUGGUCUAGUGGGGAGGUGGGCGGCAAAGGGCCCACCGGGGUCGGAGGCCAAUAAAGUCAGUGAAAAUCC